GCGCUGUUCCUGCAGCUGAGGGGCGCGGAGCGGAAGAGGGGCCACGUGGAGGAGACGGUGCAGCUGCUGCAGCAGCAGAUGGCGCAGCAGCGACUCUUGCUGGAGCAAGAGCAGCAAGCCAAGGAGAGACUCCUCUUGCAGCAGCAACAACUGCAGGAGCAGCAGGAACAGCAACAACAACAGAAGGGGCGGCGGCACCACCACCACCACAGGCACCGAAGGCACAGGCAUGAUGACGAGGACGAAACAGAGGAGUCUUCAAAUGGGAGUGGAGACUCAGAGGAGGACGACGAUGAUGACGAUGAUACGGAAGAGGAGGAGGAUGAGGAUGAUGAGGAGGAGGACGAGGAGGAAGGAGGGCGCAUGUCGCGGAGUGAGCUGAGUGCGGUGGUGAGAUCUCUCAAAGAGCAGGUGGCGGGGAUGGACGCUCUGGCGGGGGAGGUGCGGGCGCUGAGAGAGAAGGCGGAGAAGGCGGAGAAGGUGGAGAAGGUGGAGGCGGAAGGGAAUGGGGCGGGGAAGACCAAGGAGCAGGAGCAGCGAGAGCAGCAGCGGGAGCAGCAGAGGGAGCAGGAGCGGAAGCGGCAGGAGGAGGAGGUGCGGGUGUUGAGGGAGGUGGUGGGGGAGUUGCAGAGGGACGUGCGGGGGGUGCGGGAGCAGGGCGAGCAGCGCAACUCGUCACUCAUGCUGCUGCUCGAGGCGGAAGAGAAAUAUUCGAAAGCUGCAGCCAAGGCGGCGUCAGCAGCAGCGUCGCUGGACGAGGCGCGCUCGCACAUCGCAGACCUGGAGGACCGGGUGACGCUGCUGCAGCAGCAGGAGCAGCAGCACGAGCAGCAGCACGGCCGGGAGUUCAUGCAGCACGAUCAGUCAGGGUCAGGCACACACGCGCUGACCGAAGCUGUUAAGACACUGCAGGCGCAGGCGGAGAUGGGGGAGUGGUGUGCGUGCAGUGGGAGGCAGUGGGGGAUGGGGGGAAGUGCUAGUCCAUUUUCCCCUCAUUCGCAUUCGCUCCUGCUCUGCCUCACCCCACGGCUCCUUUACUUUACUCCCCCAGCAGGCGCUGCAGGCGCAGGCCCUGCAGGCGCAGGUGGAGAUGUUGGAGGUUUUUGCAGGGGAGGGGGAGCAGCGGCAGCAAAAUUAGGCUUGCAAGUUUUUCACCUCAUCCUUUCCUCCCUGCCUUCCCCCCUGUUCGUUCCCCGGGGGACUACCUAUCAACAGGCCCUGCAGGCGCAGGUGGAGAUGUUGGAGGUGGUGCAGGGGGAGGCGGAGCAGCGGCAGCAGCAGCGCAUGCAGCAGGUGCAGGGGGACCAGCAGCAGCGCUGGCAGCAGCAGCUGCAGCAGCAGGGCGAGGUGCUGCGCGCAUUUGUGGAGCGGCGCUGCAACGAGGCCGUGGUGGCUGCAGGCGACACUGCAGCGCGGCACUCAGGCACGGCACCGCUGGUGGCAGCGCAGCAGGAGAUGCAGGCAGCAUUGGAGAUGCUCACAGGGCGGAUGGAGGGGGUGGAGGAGGAGAGGGCGCGGGCGAGGGAGAGGGAUAGCGAGAGGGAACAGGAGAGGGAGCGGGAGAAGGAGAAGGAGAGGGAGAUUGAGCGGCGGAAGGAGGAGGAGAGGCAUCAGCAGCUGGCAAUCCUGGCUGCAGACCUCAAGUUUCUCAGCCGUUCCUGCCUACCGUCUCUGCUCCCUCCUCUGUCCCCCGUUCUCUCCAUACGCUUCGUUUCCCCCGCUCUUAUUUCUCACCAUCAGAGCCUGCAAGUGCAGAUGGAUUGCUUGGAACUGCAGCAGCACGAGCAGCAGCAGCAGCAGCAGCACGUUUUCCUUACCUACCCGUCUUCUCUCCCCGUCUCUCCGUACCUCUCCGUUUCCCCGCCAUUCCUGCCUGCCCACCAUCAGAGCCUGCAGGUGCAGAUGGAUUGCUUGGAGCUGCAGCAGCACGAGCAGCAGCAGCAGCAGCACGUGGAGCACUCGUUGCAGCAGCGCCUGCAGCAGCUGCAGCAGCAGCAGCAGGCGGCACAGCAGCAGCUGGAGCAGCAGCAGGAGCAGCUGGAGCAGCAACGGGCGCAGUGGGAGCGGCAGCAGCAGCAGCAGCUGGAAGAGAUGAGAGGGUUGAUGGAGGCGAGGCAUGGGGAUGCUCUAGCUGCAGUGACGGCUGCUGUUGAGGUGAGAAGCUUGUUGACUUUUGAGUCGACUCAAAAGUUAUCGCAGUGGGAGCGGCAGCAGCAGCAGCAGUUGGAAGAGAUGAGGGGGUUGAUGGAGGCGAGGCAUGUUGAUGCUCUAGCUGCAGUGGCGGCUGCUGUCGAGCCGGUGCAGGAGCAGCUGAAGAGCUGCCUCGCAUCCCAGCAGCACGUGGCGCUGCUCGCUGCAACAGCAGCAGUGUCUGCGGAAAAGGCAACGGCAGUGGAGCGAGCAGCAGCGUCGGCGGCCGUAGAGUCUGCACUUGAGACAACACACCUGGCGCAGGCUGAGGCAGCAGGGAGAUCUGAAGGAGAUAAUCUUCUCAUUAUUUCUUCUUUCCCCACUCUCCCCCCCGUCAUCCGUUCCCCAUUCCCGCUCCCAGCCGGUGCAGGAGCAGCUGAAGAGCUGUCUCGCAUCCCAGCAGCACCACUGGAAGGGAAAGUAGAGGGCGUGGAAAGGAGCUUCGAAGGAGUGAAAGGGAGAGUACAAGCGGUGGAAGGGAGUCUAGAAGGGUUUGAAGGGAGGAUGCAGGAGGAAUGCGUUGCAGCAGUGGCAGCUGCAAUGGGAGGAGGAACUGGGAGGGGUUUAGCGGGGGAAGAAGAAGGGGAGAAAGGGGAGAAGGCGAGGUUGCUGGAGCAGAGGGUUCUAGAGCAAGUGGAGGAGAUUAGACGAGAGGUGGGGGAUCUGGAGGGCAGUCUGGGGAAGGUGCAGGUGAAGCUGGGGCAGGUGGUUGAGAGGACUCCGGAGGUGGGGAGACUGGAGGGAGCAGUAGAGCAGCUGGAGCAGGAGGUGAAGGACAUGCGGGCCAUGGUGAUGGGUGGUGGGAUGGGCGAGGGAGGGGCAGGGGCAGGAGGAGCAGGAGCAGGAGCAGGAGCAGGGGCAGGGGCAAGGGAAGAGUUAGUAAAGAGGCUGCGGCAGGUGGAGGUGGAGUUGAGUGCAGCAAGGGAAGCGGUGCAGGAAGUGUCUGUACGCGUGACAGAGCUGGAAGCGAGCUCUAUCACUGAAGAGGCGUCUGCUGCUGUGCAAGGCGCUGCUGUGGCGUCUAUAGAAUCCCAGGUUGCCUCGCUGGAAGAAGAGAUGGGGUUGGUGCGAGAACAGAUGGGGGUGAUGCAGGAGGGAGUAAGUUCGGUGGGGGAGCGGGUUGAGGGGAUGGAGGAGCAGGUGUUGGGGUUGGAAGGGCGGCUGGUGAUGGUGGAAUCAGGGAUGGGAGAGGGUGCCAUGGGGGGGGAUGUUGAGAGGGAGAGUGAGGGGACGAGAGAGGUUAAGGAGGAGUUAGUCUGGGUAAGGAAGGAGCUAGCAAGGCUUGACACGGGAGUGAGGGGACUGGAGCAGUCGUUGAAACAGGCUGAGGAGGUUCGGCAGGAUGCGCAGGUUCGGGAGGCGCAGGCUCGGGAAGCACUGGCUGCGGAGCUCCAGGAAGACCUGGAGCUGGCCAGGCAGAAAGGCGUGGAAGAGGCUCGGCAGGUGGCUCGGGAGGAGGUCCGGAAAGUGGGGAUAGGAAGUAGGAGAGAAGGGCUGGCAUGCGCAAACGAAGAUCCUGCCAAUGCUGAUAAUAAUGCUGAAGGAGGGGAUGAGAACGGCAGUGGUGGUUCUUCUGCCUCUGCUUCUGCUUCUUCUGCUGCAACGGUUGGAUUGUGGGAGGUAGUAUCGAGCGUACAGGUGGAGGUGAAAGAGCUAAGGACGCGGGGCUUUGCGUUAAGGGAUAGUGUGGAGGAGGUGAAGAAAGACAUGCGGAGAGAAGGGAGGACCUUCAAGGAUGCUCUGGCCCACCUUGAGACGGACCUCAAGGCGGUUCGGCGCAGCGCGGAAGAGGCUCGGGACGAGGCUGUCCGGCAGGCUCGGGAGAGCGCGGAUCGGGCGGCUGAGAGGGCGGAAAGCGCAGUGGCGGGUGCAGUGGGGGAGAUGAAUGGUUUGGUGAAGAGAUGGGGAGAGGUGGUAGGGGAGCAGAGGAAGAGAGUGGAUGAGGUGGAAGGGAAGAUGCAGCAGCAGGUGCAGGGAGUGUCUGACAAGGUGGUGGGGUUGGAAAGAGUGGUGGAGAGGAGUGGAGAGGAGUUGGCAGGGUUGCGGCAAGAGAGUGUAAAGGAGGCGGAGAGAGUAGAGAGUCUGGAGAAGAAGGUUGAGGAAGGAUUGGAGCAGGUGGAGAAGCAUGCAGGUGCGGCUUCUGCUGCUGCUGCUGAGGCUGGGAGGAAAGCUUCUGAAGGGGAAGCAGCAGCUGCUGCUGCUGUGGAAGCAGCAAGAGCAGAUGCAGCUGCACGGAUCGAGAUGCUAGAGGCCGAGAUUGGUACGAAGAUCAACGGUAUGGAGAGCGAGGUGGAUGUUGUGCGUGAGAAGAUGAACGGUGUGGAUGAGAAGGUGGAGAGCCUGGGAGAGGAGAUGGUGCAGGUGCAACUGAAAGUGGAUGGGACUGAAGAGGGGGUGCACGCUCUAGAGCUACAAGCAGGAAGUCUGGCUGAUCACGUGAAGGCAGUAGAGGAAGAGCUGAAUCUAGAGAAGCGGAGAGGGGAGGAGAAAGCAGCGGAAGACGCGUUGAGACGGUGGACAGAGGAGGAGAGCGCGAGAGAAACCGGGGCAGAUGUGGAGAGUAUAAAAGCCCGGAUUGAGGAGAUGGAGAGGUUGCAGCAGAGCCUGGUGCAGGCUCACGAGAAGGCGGUGCAGGAACUGUUAUCAGAGCAGGCGCGUCUGGUGAAAGGGCAGGAGGAGCUAUCGCAGGAGGUGCAGCGGCAGGAGGAGGAGCGGCUAGCUGCUUCCCAAACGAUGCUGGCGCGGUUGCAGGCGGAUGUGCGGGCGCUGGUGGGGAAGCUGGAGGGGGUGGUGAGGGAGGAGCAGAGGAAGAUGCGCGGGGAGGUGGCGGCGGGCGUGGGGAAGAUGGAGGGGGAGAUGAAGCGCGUGGAGGGCAAGGUGCAAGGCGUGGAAGAGCAGCUGGGGACGGCGCUUGAGCACUGCCCCUCCUAUGCCCCUCUUUUCUUCCCCCCUCAUUUCCCCUCACUCCUCAUUCCCUCCCAUUCCCUCCCGUUCCCUCCCAUUCUCCCUCGUGCCGCCCAUCCCCUCUGGCAGCAAUGCCAGCGGCUGCAGGGCACGAGCAGGGAUCACAAGGAGGACUUGGCGCGUAUAGAGGGCGACCUGCACACACUCUCCCUCUCGCACUCACAGCUGCUCGCCAAUCUCCAGGCCAAGCAGUCCAAGCAAGGUGGGCCUCCGGUUCAUGAGGUGGCACCAGCCGCGCCCGUCCAAGUCAGAGGAGGACCCGUCUCCUUCCGAGAGCCCCACCAACACUCUGGCCCGCAGAGCCUCCUUCUCCCAACUCCUGUCACCCCAACACUCUCUCCCUUCUCCAUCCUCCCUGUGUCCAACCCCUCCCCUCCCCUCGCAGGCCUUGGGUUCAUGAGGUGGCACCAGCCGCGCCCGUCCAAGUCAGAGGAGGACCCGUCUCCUUCCGAGAGCCCCACAAACCCCCUGGCGCGCAGAGCCUCGCUGCGGCCCCCCUCCGCCUCCCCGUCCCCGGAGCUCCGUGGGUCGUCCAUGUCAUCAGAUGGGAGCGGCACCACUGGCGGCGUGAUUGUACUGGGCCUCAAGUCCCCGUCUGGGGACUGA